CUGCCUCUCUUGCUCUUACUUCAAAUUAAAAGCAACUAGUGUGCUUUUGUUUAUGCUUUUGGUUUCAUUUAACAAGCGAAUCACUGCUUGUGUGAGCUAAACACCCCGUUAAACCUGUGAUAGUGGCGAAUAUUAUUAUUUUGAGCCUUUUGUUUUUCCAUGACCAGCAUGCCCAGUGCAGCAUGAAUUACUACAGCAUGUUCUCUCUUUUUUUAGAUAAGGGUUUACUGUUUAAAUUACAGCAAAAAUACCCUCAACCCUUCUUAUAAAAGCACACAGAUUUUAUAUUUCUCUUAGUUUCACAUACUCAAAAUCAAAAGUGCUUCCUUGCUUACAAUUUAAUACAGUCUAAAUCUUUAAGUAGGUCAGGCUGGGUUUAGCAGCUUUCCUGAAUCUGAGUCAGCUUAAGCUGAAAGGAAUUUAAAUAAAACCCUCCCUGGUAGGCGUGGGCCUAAAUGAGGCUGGCCUAGUUAAGCCUGAUUUUUUUUUUUUUUGGUAUGUGUGUUGUGUGUUUCAGACUGGAGAAGAAGAGAGUGUGUGUGUUAGAGGGAGAGGGAGAGGGAGAUAGAGCCAAGAAGCAGACCAGAAAAUAACUGCACAACACUCACAAAUACACACAGACACAGUAUGAGCAAGAAUGGCUGCAGUAUUCAUGACAACAAACAUGGCGGCGAAAGCAAGGUCCUCCAAUUUCACUUUGUCUGAAAAGCUGGAUUUGUUAAAGCUGGUCAAACCCCACAUUAGGAUUCUGGAAGAGCACACCAACAAGCAUGCAGUGAUCAUGGAUAAGAACAAGUGCUGGGACAGCAUUGCAGAGCAGUACAACAUCGUGGGGGGAGACAGGCCUCCUCGCACUGCGCAGGGCCUUCGCACGCUCUACAAGAGGCUGAAGGAGAGCGCCAAGCAGGAGAUGGUGCAGCGCAAGCAUGCCCAGCCCGAGUAUCGAGGCAGCAUCUCUGAACCCACCAAAAGAGUGAUGGAAAUGAUCCCCCAUCUCUUCAGGCCCAUCCAUGACAAGGACCACAACGCUUUGCCGAGGAUGAUCUACAAACAUGAUUCCUCUAUUGAACAGCCAGGAAGCUCUUCCUCUCUGCCAACUAUUUUAGACUACCAGCCUGCCUCAGUCACUGUGAAACUGGAUCAGGAGGUAGACGUGAAGCCUCCUCCUGAGCUGACCAUCGUGUCGACAAGACUUGAGGGGGAGCUUGAAGAAGAUGAAGACGUGGGGUCUGUGCACAGCCUUGACGGAUCCAUCUCCCCCUGCCCUUCCUCUGUCAAUUUAGCCGUGACCAUGUCUCCGUCUCCCAUUCCAAUGAGAAGGGAUAACUAUUCCAGAGCUGAAAGCUUUAGGCAUCUGACUGGCAUUCAACAUGAAACACUGCAGCUGUCCAAGGCAGAGCAUGAACUGGUCAUGGACAAUCACAGGAAGAUGGGUCUGUAUAUUGAGGAGAAACGGGAGGGACUGAAAAGGAAGCAGCAGCUGGAAGAAGAGCUGCUGAAGGGUAAAAUCAAAGUGGAGAAACUAAAAGCAGCAAGACUCCGACAUGGGCUUCCAGUACCACACAUGUGAACCUUACUGGAUGCUCUUGUAUGGAUUGUACAGACUGUAGCCACUGGAAAGGUCCAUUAUGUCUUGAUCAGUUCUUUUAUUGCUGGAACCAAUACAGUGCAUCCUAAAAAAUAUUAAUAUUUAGAAGGCCUGACCAUUUUAAUUAUGAUUAAUUCAAUUUCAUAAAUGAGACAUGUAAUGUUAUUUUUCCACACUAAACACUAAAAAAAAAAGCAAAAAAACAGUGUAUUGCUGCAUCAUACAGUAGUAGGACAUAGUAGAUUACAGCAUACAUCCACUCCUUUUAUUAGCUCUCUCUCCCAAAAAGUCCAGUUAAAAAGUCUCACUCCUCCAUACGCGCAGGCAAACCUGCCACACACACACACACAAGAGAGAGAGAAAUAAUAUGUUAAUUGUUCAUGUUCAAAUCUUCAUUUGUUUCGGCUUCAUUAAAAGAUAGUUAAGAUUGUAACAGGGUCAAUAAUGCCCCCGUUAUAUUUCACAAAUUUAUUUGUCACUUGUAUGUUUUAUUUUUAGAACUGUACACUUUGAUUUGAUUAGUGCAUGUUUUUUUUAUAUAUUAUCGACUAGCACUUUGUAAUUGAUUUAUCACUUUAUAGGAGCUUCUCCACACAGUCCCCUUGUAAUGCCUUACUGGGUACCGACUAAUUGAAUUAUUGAUGGUUUUACGCACCUGCAUGUAAAUAGCCCACAUGGCUUGUAAACAGGAUGGCCAGUCUGUUUGUAGCUGUUUGUCUGUCCUUUGUUUAUGGUUUUGUUCGUGCAGGAGUGGGAACACAGUUGUUUGGAACGAGGCAGAUACACCGGCACGCACUGGGAAGAUGGGGAGUGUAGGAAUGCAGAACUAGACUUGCCCAAAUAACUGGCAUAGGCAAAACUAGAUUGGCCCAGAAUCGAUGUUGAAGCUUUGGACGAAACUAGACUCCCCUGGGCUAGUCACGAAAUUCAGUGAAAUUUGUUGUAAAAACAGGUUUCGCCCAGUCCCUUUUCAAGUUCUGGGCCAAUCUACAUUUGACUGAUUGAAUGUGGGCGGGUGCCGAAAAAAAGUAGUAACUUUGGGAUUCAGACAUGAUUGGCCCGGGCAAAACUAGACUCGCCAGACCACCGGAUUGGUGAGUCUAUAGUAAACAUUACCUUGAAGUCAUGAGUACUUUCAAUAAAUACUGUCCAUACUUCAAUGCUCUCUGCAGGUAACAAUAGUCUUCCUUUUGGGUCAAUAAUUUUCCAUAUAUAUACAGAUGUGCUCAAAUUUGUUGGUACCCCUCCACAAAAAACGAAGAAUGCACAAUUUUCUCUGAAAUAACUUGAAACUGACAAAAGUAAUUGGCAUCCACCAUUGUUUAUUCCAUAUUUAAUAGAAAUCAGACUUUGCUUUUGAUUUUUUAUUCAACAUAAUAUUGUAAAUAAUAAAACAAAUGAAAAUGGCAUGGACAAAAAUGAUGGGACCGCUAACCUAAUAUUUUGUUGCACAACCUUUAGAGGCAAUCACUGCAAUCAAACGUUUUCUGUAGCUCUCAAUGAGACUUCUGCACCUGUUAACAGGUAGUUUGGCCCACUCUUCCUGAGCAAACUGCUCCAGCUAUCUCAGGUUUGAUGGGUGCCUUCUCCAGACUGCAAGUUUCAGCUCUUUCCAUAGAUGUUCGAUAGGAUUCAGAUAAGGACUCAUAGAAGACCACUUCAGAAUAGUCCAAUGUUUUGUUCUUAUCCAUUCUUGGGUGCUUUUAGCUUUGUGUUUUGGGUCAUUAUCCUGUUGGAGGACCCAUGACCUGCGACUGAGACAGAGCUUUCUGACACUGGGCAGUACGUUUCGCUCCAGAAUGCCUUAAUAGUCUUGAGAUUUCAUUGUGCCCUGCACAGAUUCAAGGCACCCUGUGCCAGGCGCAGCAAAGCAGACCCAAAACAUUAUCAAGCCUCCUCCAUGUUUCACUUUAGGUAUGGUGUUCUUUUCUUUGAAAGCUUCAUUUUUUCGUCUGUGAACAUAGAGCUGAUGUGACUUGCCAAAAAGCUCCAGUUUUGACUCAUCUGUCCAAAGGACAUUCUCCCAGAAGGAUUGUGGCUUGUCAAUAUGCAUUUUAACAAAUUCCAGUUUGGCUUUUUUAUGUUUUUCUUUCAAAAGUGGAGUCCUCCUGGGUCUUCUUCCAUGGAGCCCACUUUCGCUCAAAAAGCGACGGAUGGUGCGAUCAGAAACUGACGUACCUUCACCUUGGAGUUCAGCUUGUAUCUCUUUGGCAGUUAUCCUUGGUUCUUUUUCUACCAUUCGCACUAUUCUUCUGUUCAAUCUGGGGUCGAUUUUCCUCUUGCGGCCGCGCCCAGGGAGGUUGGCUACAGUUCCAUGGACCUUAAACUUCUUAAUAAUAUUUGCAACUGUUGUCACAGGAACAUCAAGCUGCUUGGAGAUGGUCUUGUAGCCUUUACCUUUACCAUGCUUGUCUAUUAUUUUCUUUCUGAUCUCCUCAGACAACUUCACAAUGAUACCAAACAGCACAGUGACUACUUUUCUCCAUUUAAAUAGGCUGAAUGACUGAUUACAAGAUUGGAGACAUGUGUGAUACUAAUUAAAGAAACUAAUUAGUUUGAAAUAUCACUAUAAUCCAAUUAUGUAUUAUCUUUUCUAAGGGGUACCAACAAAUGCAUCCAGGCCAUUUUAGAAUAUCUUUGUAGAAUAAGUAAUAAUUCAUCUCUUUUCACAGCUUCUUUGCUUUAUUCUAUGACAUACCAAAGGCAUGCAAGUAUACAUGAUAAAAUAGCUUUUAAUUUCAUCACUUUUCAGGAGGAAUGAAGCAUUAUUUCAAUGAGCUGUAAGGGUACCAACAAAUUUGAGCACGUCUGUAUAUAUAUAUAUAUAGUAAACAUUACCUUGAAGUCAUGAGUACUGUCAAUAAAUACUGUACAUACUUAAUGCUAAUUUAUGGGUUAUGCAUUAACUAGAGCGUUACAUUUUAACUGCAACUUUAAUGUUACUUUGAUCUACUUAAAAUAAAAACAAAAACAAUAAUUAUCGGUAUUCUUAUUUGCCUUAUUGACCACAGACAAUAUGGCUGUGAAGCAAAUAAACACAGAAAUAUCAUUUUUUAUUUGAAUUCCAACACUGCAGAUGGAAUAUACUUAACAGAAUAUUGUAUUUAUUAUAUAGAUUUGCCUUCCAAAAAUGUUGUUGAUUGGUAGGUUAGGUUGGAGGGGAGGGGGGGUAGGUUGAGAAUCCAGUCGAUGUACAAGAAGCUUGAUAAAAUACAAACUCAAGCUGUACAGCAAGAUUGCUAUGUAUAUUCGUUACGCAUUAAAUUGAAAUAUCAUGCAUAAUACUUUUUUUUUUAAUGUGAAACUCCCUUUAUGCAGCUUAUCUGGAGCGAUGUGUGUGUAAUAUAUAUAUAUUAGUGCUGGGACGAACACAGCAUUUUCAUGUUCGGAUAUUCGCUUCUAAUUUAAAUAGUCGUUGGAAUAUUCGUUUGUUUUUCAAAAGGUAAUAAAAAGCCAUUCAAAGGUAAUAAAAAGCCAUUCUAAUU